AGAAAAUAUAACUGUUCUUCAAGGCACUCCAUCUUUCGUCACUUCUCUCGCCACUUCCUUGCUUUACUCGAGUUUCUCUUCUUCAUCUGUUUCGCAGGCACGGCCAAGGCUGCCUCUCAGGGCCGAUGUCGCGCAGGUGUCUCCUGAGUCUCCUCGUCCUUCACGUCGCCGCAGCCUGCUAUGAAGUCAACUUGACGAGCAAGACGCCCUUGCCCACUUCUGGAGGCGCUGACGGCGUGGAGGCGAUGGUGGGCAUCCGGCCGAAGGAGGGCGACUGGGGCGCGCUGUUCCAGCUGGAGCGAGAAGACCGGGUCGUGGCCAAGAUCAGCAUCUCGCUCAAGGAAAGCAAAACGGGAAGUGAAGCUGCUUACAUCGACCAUUUGGCAAUCCAGUGUGGAGACAAAACUCCUCAGCCAUUUGAUUCUCCCUGGCCAACGGCCUGGCUCUCCGGUGAAGUCAAGUGCCUUCUGUUCAGGGUAUCCGAUAAUCUCAUCCACGUUUUGCAAAAGGAAGGCUCUUCAGAAUCGCAUAUCGGAUCAGACAUAUGCAAAGUGAAUCUGUCUAACAUCUCUUUCUCGGCCUCAAACCUCCCGCAUCUACCAGCGCCGAUGCUCAGUCUUGGCUGUGCUGACGGAGGACUAAAUAAUGGUACAAAAACAGAGUCAGAAGAGGAAAGGGGAAACGACCCCGCCCUCAUCGCCGGCCUGUGCGUGCUGCUGGCCGUCGCCGUGGCCAUCGCCACCUACGUAGUGUGGUUCCGCAGCAGGAGGUGUGGGAGGAGGUUUCACGGUGUGCUGGCAGUGAGGCUUUCGACGCUCCAGGCGGAUGAGGAGGCCCUGCGGAACCCUUCCGACGAAGGCCCGAGCGUGAGGCAGCGCCCCCCCAUCCCAUCCCCCCGAACAGUCUUCCUUGAGCGGCGCCAGCUGCGUCUCUCGUCCUCCACCUCGACGUCGUCCUCGGUGCUUCCUCUCCUGUCUUCGUCUCCGCACUUGUGCUUGGAUUCGCUCUCCUUGUCGUUCGCUACUGACCUCCCCGCCGCGCCCGUCGAAGGCCACUCCUUGGCCGCCCACUGCGCGCAGGAGAGGGACCAGGAGACAGUCGCCCUGAGGCGCCGUUCGAGCGACGAGGAGGUCCACACCUACGAGAGAAUCACGUUCAUGAGUGCAUCUCUUUUCUAAUAACACAAGACGCGGAGGGUGUAUAGCAGCAUCCCGAUCUUCCUGGUGGCAUUCACUAAGGCAAAGAUUAAGCCAAGAAAUCCUUCAGAAACCUUGGAUACAACAUCGGCGAAAAAAAAACGAAAAAAACA